AUUUCCGAUAUAUCUUGGGAACGGGCUCACUGGUCGAAGGAAUAAGCAAAGCAGCGUUAUCACAACGUAAAUAUAGUACGCAGCCAUUCCUGGUAUUAGUCACAAUGACCGGAACCCAUUGGAGCUACGAUAUUCUGAAGAAAUUGGCCUUCCAGGGAAACACAGAUGUGGAACAGCUGAAGGAAAUGUUCAGCGAGGAAAUUGGAUCUAAGAGACGAUAUGACCGCAUCCGCAGCGUGGAGGAGCUAAUUGACUGCCUGGAGAGGGCCGACGAACUGGCGGAGGACAAUGUGGAGCCACUGCGUCGGAUGUGCGUAAACCAUCCCAGCUUGGCCCAUGCGUUGGAUGAGUAUACUCCUCCGGAAAAAGGCAGCGACACGGUGAAUCACUACCAGGAGAUCCGGCUUGCCGAGGAGCUGCAGCAGCAGCUGCGGAUUGCUCCCGUUCAGUUGUACCCUCCCUCUGCUCCUCCAGCAGCUUUAGCCACUCCACCACCAUCCCAGAACUGCACCAGCCCAGCGGCGUAUACGCAACAAAAACGGGCUGCUGUUUUCAAAAAGAUAUCCGAGGAACUGGGACGUUUCUGGCGGCGAUUGGGUCGAGCUGCUGAAAUUGGCGAGGGAGCCAUGGAUGAGAUCGAGCAGCGCUACCCCAAUGACCUGAAGUCGCAAAUUCUUCGCUUGCUGCAGCUAAUUGAGGAGGAUGACUGCCAUGAUCCCAAGCACUUCCUGAUUCGUCUAUGCCGCGCCCUGGGGGAGAGUGGGCGCAAUGAUCUUCGAAAGAAGGUGGAGCAGAUAAUGUCGCAUUAGUUUUAGUUUUGUACAGGAGAUAGAUACAUAUAUAAAUCUAUUUCAGACUUUAUCAAGAGUUUUGAUAACACAUUGUGCUUCCCCGGCGUCAUAUGAUAAGCUUCUACCAAAAAUAGCGGCCAUCACAUUUAUAAACUGAUUUUUAUUAUGGAAAAUAUGUUAUGUAGACUAACAUAUAUGUUUGUUAAAUUUUUUUAAAAUAAACAAAAAUAAAAAUUGAA